UCGCAGUUCUCGCCCCCACCAGCAGCGAUCUGCGUAUGCAAAUGUUGAUGUUGUUUCUUUCUCUAUUUCGAAACACUUUAAAAAUCUCACUCGAUCAUCGUGUGCAUCUCGCGAACAGAAGACAACGGGUUGUCGCGUAAAAACGCUAUUGUUCAUUCGCAGCUGUCGCCAGAAGGAGUAUUAAUGCGAUCGAAAUCAAAUCGCGCUACAGCUGAAUGUCAUCCACCGAACAGAAGCUGUGAAAACAAGCCAGAAGCCAGAAGGUCUCGCAACCUUUGAGCCGUGAGGGUCACUAAGCGAUAAUGAUGCCGUUCGGUAAAUAACAAGCGGGCGUCGGUACCGCGGCUACAGAAUGGCAGCAGACGAGGCGCCUGACGACGAAACGGGCGCUCACCACGAGCCCCUGAACGCCGACCAGGUCUACAUUUUGAUGAAAAAGGACUAUCGGAUAUCGAGGAAUGUCAGGGCGCAGUGGUUCAUCGAGCACCUCAACCGGUUUGUCAGUCUGGACAGCAAUAAAGAAAACGAUGACUCAAUCAAAAAGGAACUCACCAUCUUGUCAAUCGUGCCAUCUGAUCCUCCAAAAGCCUGGUCAGUCGACAACAGCCAUUUGUUCAAAUAUUUUAUUACUCCGGCUACGAGGGUCAUUUUUCUGGCUGAAAAAUAUCGAAUGGUCUACUGCCUCGACAUCAGUCCUUCUCUUUCUGCAGUGGAUAUCCAAAUGGGUGAAGUGAUGCUGGACUGUCUGGUUUCGUCUGUCAAAGCCAGCCUGGAAGGAGUCUCACAAAAAUUCAUCAUACCUGGAUCUACAAAGGUCUUCCAACCAGACGUCUACGCCACAAUCAUUGCCCACACCCCAUUUUUCACUUCGCCUGCUCAACAGGUUCUAGUCCAGGGGUGGCAAGUGACCCAGCAAAACCUUCCGCAGCUGCUGACCAUUCUUGAGCAACAGCUGCAGGAACUUGAAGGCAAAGUCGCAGAAGUUUCGGGCAUUGCUCAAGCUCAGCUCGACGCUUUAAGGGCAGAAUCUGAAAGGCUUGUUGGAGGUUUGUUUGAAGAAACACUCCAGCCAAUUACGUCGGAGAAUCCCAUGGUCAGCCCCGACACUGGAUUCAUUAACAUGCUCCGUUUUGGAAUGCUUGCUCUCAAAUUGCUGCCGGACAGUAGCUCUGCCAACAUCAUUGUGGUCACUGACGGCAUAAUUAACAUUCCGGAUGUGAAUAUUUUUGACUCCGUGCUAUCUCAACUCCGGAGUAGCACCGUCUGCUGCUCGUUCAUUCAAGUAGCAGGCUCGUUUCACCCAAACUGCUGCAAGGGUUUUGUGCCAUACUCUGAGCUGAUGCAGUUGUUGGCCUCAGCAACUCAAGGGGCUUACAUAACUGCCGCUCACAAACUGGAGAUCUCAAAAGAAUCAACUAUGAAUGUUUUUCAUGAAGCGUUUCUCACCUGGAGUUUUCAACACUCUGUAAAAGAGUUCAGUCCAAAAACUGAAGUCAGACGGCCUCUGGACUGGGCCAAAAACUAUCUUAUGAGCAAUGAAAUCAAAGACAGGAUGCUUAUUCGUAAAAAGCAAGUGGAAGACACACUGAACGCUCGACUCACUGACGUCUUAUCUUGUCGUCUGAGGGAGGGAUACAUUAUAAAGAGCUUGAGUCCAAAAGAUUCGUCUAGUAUAGAAGUGUGUCUGGUGCUGCCAUGGAAAAAUGACAUUUACAUUGAGUACUUGGUUACGUCUCAAUUACCUCCAACGAAUUCUGUUCAUUACGUAGUCACUAUAGAAGCUCCCUAUGAGUUCUUACAUGACAUUACAUGUCUCCUGAAAAAACCAUUCAAGUCACACUUCAGACAGGCCGUGGUUGGUCGAUUUUGGCACACUCUAAAAAACUUGACUCACACAGAUCAGCUGCUGGUGCAUCUUCACUCUUUCGGCAGCAAUUCUUCGUCCUACAUGCUGCCAGAUAGCAUAAAAAGUGGAAUGCCUCUCUUUUACCUGCCGAACAACUCGACUCCACCAGCUUUGCUCUCUAGUGAAUCUUCGUACCCGCAAUUUGCAAAUUACUGGAAGCCUAUCUGCCUGCUGGACGCUGCCGUGUGGCAAAAGUGGCUUCAUGCCCAUCGACUUGGUCUGCUCUUGCAACAUGACUUCCCACUGCCCCGCUACCUGCACCAAGCAAACCAAUCAGGUCGUUUCCAGCAAGUGCAAUGCAGACAGGCAGCCGCUGUGCUCUUUUCUACCCUCAAAGCGUGGAGCUCUUUUGUCCUUAUCGAAAACCACACAUACGUCAAAUUGAUACAGAACGAAAACGAGAAGGUGCCAAGUAGUUUUCUUUUGAUGAGAGUAACAUCCAAGUUACCCUGUGUGGUGAUCAAUCUGGCUUUCCUUGGUGGUGCUUCUGGCUGCUUGAGACACCAGAUACUGAGUGAAUUGAAGGCCAAAAUGCGCAGCCUCACUUUCCCACAACGUCCUUUAGGGAAGGAAACCAUAAUACGUAAAUUCUCCACUGUCAAGAACAACUCAGCUAGUCCGGAAGAGCAGAAAGCUGUGAUCACUUGGUCAGACCUCAACUGCUGCAUCCUCCUUGUCAAACCAGUUGAGAAAAUACUCAUCAGAUACGAACGAAUGCCCUCUGAUUUUGCAACUGUUGUCUUCCCUGAUGGCACUCAACCAAUAGGCAAACCUGGCAUUGCGGUGCCUGUUGUACCUGCCUCAGGAGGCAGUAGCAUGCUGACCACUCUGUCAAGGUACCUCCACCAUCGUCGAUGGAUUUGGGUUGCUCAGCCGGGCCAAAAGGGUGCUCCACCCAACUCAGUCUCCUCGCUAACUCGCACACUGUCUACCAUAACAAAAACGAGAUUGCAAGAAGGUUUUACUUUUGCCCACUCGACAGCUGGCAUCAUAAAUAUGUUGCUGGAAGUUACAAUGCAAGCAGGAUUUGACACCCAUCCUUGUGUCGUACAGUACGUUUUGUUUCCGCCACAUCAAGUCACCAACAAAGACAGCAAUUCCGACGAAGAAUGCACCGAAGAAGUUGAUCCAACAGAGCCUGAGGGGGAGUUGCAGAUCAUAACUGAGUGUUGGAUUGAGCCGCAGUAUGGCCACAUAAUAAACAGCCCUGCAGAAAGGGCCUACAUGGAUGGCCUUUCCUAUGACCAACUUGCUGAUGAGAUUUGCAAAGUUGACGCAGAGUGCAUCUCCUCUUUACUCACAUUCGAGCACUUGUCUGUCAUUGGCAAUGAAAAGGUCCCUACUAACCUGCCACCAUCAACUCCGAUAGACAAAUUUAUACAAAAUGGUCAUAACAAAAGUUACAACGCAAGCGUAAAAAUGCUACCUGAACAGAGAAUAAAUGUGAUGCCAUUCACUUUUAAUCUUAUCAACCUCCUGCCCAAAUGUCAGCAGGCGGAAAUGCUGUUUUCGUCUUUCAUUCAAGAUCUGGCUUGGAGCUUUCCAAUGAAUUAUGAAGCCUUCAGUUAUUUGGACACGGCCAACAACAUGCUAUUGCAAAUGGCAUACGACAGUUUGUUGAAGUGCCAUGACUGUGAGCUGUUCCUGAGCCAUAUGGACUCUAAAAUGUUCCUCGACUUUCUCAGGCAAAAGGAAAGGAGUAAGAGUGCAUAUCCUUCUCCGAUUCCACAGCAGAUUUCUUCAGAAGAACAAGGUAAAAUGUCUCCAGCAGGUUACGAUGUUUUCAACGAUGUACACCUUUGUGACAAAUUCCUGGCAAACCUCAAAAUGUGCAAAUAUCCCAAAUGGAAGUGCUACCUGAAACGAGUCAACAACUCGCACCUCCUCUUGACUUUCGUACCUGCCAGCUUUGCUGAUCUCAAGUUGCUGAUGCUCUCUCAAAUGACGAUGGAUGGCCAGGCGCCUCAGUCUGUGAAAUGCUUCUCACAUUUGUCCAACGUGAAUGAGCAAGACAGGCACAGUGUUUUUGACGAAGGCGCCGAGUUGAAAGACUCGCUCGAGCGCUUGGAAAACUUGUCCAUCCCAGAAAGUCACAGUGUGCCUGAGAUGUGUGAGCCACUGUUGGAAGGACGUCCCCCUCCACUUGCGAUAGCCCCGUUCCGAGAGCGGGCCUACUCUCUUGAUGCAGAGCAGCGCAAACGAAGCUUGAUGGAAUUUAGAAAAAGAACCCGAACAUGCUCAAUGGACUCGAGGCACAAAAAGAAAUUUUCACUCCAGCCUUUAAGUCCACCACAGCUUGAGGAGCUCGGAUCCAAUCCCAAGUUGCCAGUAAUUCCACCAAACCAUAAGCCUCAAUUCGGAGCCAUAACACUGCCUGUGUUCACUUACGACUGCCCUUUGGCCACCCUGAUAGAGGUGUUGGUCUAUAAGGAGAGCGAGAAGAAGGCAGGUGACAUCUACGAGGACCACACUUGCAGCAGUGGUGGUGAAAAUGGUAUUGACGAACACAAGACGAACAAGGAGGUUCUUGACGUUGAGGGAAUUGAACUUGGUAGGAUGCACCUGGCUAGCCCUGAGCCAAAGUCUGAAGACUCGGAUCUGUCUAGAGAGAUAAAUAGCUUGAAGCAACAAUGCAAGCUAGUGAAAGCAUCAUUUCAUCGCUCCUAUGUGACUUCGUUGUUCAAGUCUCUGCAGUUGGGCAGCUUCAUUUACGCUGAGGAUGUACAGAGCGCAGUUCGUGACUGUGAUGAAACGAGCGUUGAAAUAGACCUCACAAAAUUUUUGAAGGCUGUUUGUGGGCACCUGAAGGAGUUUUGGGUUACCCGAAGGCUGGACCUAUUCAAACCACCAUCAAAAGUUGCAGGCAACGAUCUGUUCAGUUUAGCCAAUCUUCACCAGAACGACUUGUGCGGAAGGCUCAAGACAAAGCACAUAGUUGUCAAAGAGCAGUUCAGUUCCAUCCUCUCUGAUUUCUUCAAAGCCGUUCCUUCAAAUCCCAGGUUCUUCUUCAGCAUUCCCAAAUGGGAAAGGGAUCAGCAGGUUGAGAACAGCAUCACAGAAAAUGAGCAGCUAGCUGACCAAGAGGAUGUAAAUUCAAAUUACAGUCAUGACUUUAAUAGUCGAAGAGGAAGUCACAGUUGGGAGGUUGGAGGAGAUGAUACUCACACAUCAGAUAGUGUCAGUGAUCUUCCUGAGGAAGAAGUGUCCUCCGAGUUGUGCCCUUUGUUUUUACAACUUGUUUGCUCCGUGCAUCACAGCCAUGGUGUCACAAGACAUCCAAUAUCCUCACUUCCAACUUGCUUAGCUGAAAUAGGGUCUCUGAUGACUUCGGACGAAAAUGAGAUAAGCGUCUCGUCGUUAAGAGUCCACCUUGAUGUGCAGUGUCUCACCAUUUUACCGAAUUUGGAGCCAUGCACAUCUCAGUUGGCUUUAAAGCAGACCCCUCCUGACCAGGUCUAUGAGCAGAUCCAAAAUGCUGCAAACAGUACCCUGAAUACUUCAGUCAGCAGUAGCAGCAGUCUCGAGACAGAAUUAAAAAGUGAAGAAGUUUCUUUGAAGCUCUCUCACCUUCCCGAUUAUUUGCAAAAGGCGAUGAUUUCAACUAUGAAUAAGAUCAAGUGGCUUUUGCAGGAUGAACUUGCUUCUUCCCUAUUAGACGUUUUCCCUCCCUCUGAAUCAACCCUUCAAAUGGUAGCCCAACAUGUAAUGAGCUCAGUCGACAGAAUAAACUGCUCUAUGGAAAAAAUCGACCUUCACUUUGUCUUCGGGGCGGAUCACAGUCUGAAUAAAUUUAUAGAAAACUUUGUGACGCUAAGGAUUGGGUGCUACUUUUUACGCAAGGAGGGCAAAUAUUACCACUUGGUGCAAGAUAGAACAGCUCGACAACACAAGAUGCAGUCAACGCCUGUCAAUGGCCCUCACUUUAAGUCGAUCGCAACGCCGAGCUCCCUGGCAGAGGACUCGUCUGAAAUGUCCAUCUACCAAAAUGAAGGAAUCAACAUCCCGCAAAGCCAUUACAGCGAAUCAGACAUCCAAGCUUUAGGGCUUGACAGUACCCCAACAGAUGAGCCCCUCUCCAGGCCCUUGAGUGAUUUAAAACUGCCAGCAGCGCUGGAAUUGAGCAAGAUGGUGGAAAAGUUGAAGAAAGAGCGGAAAACAAGUGCUGAUUUACUCACUACGGCUGAGAGGAAACACAAACCUCCUAGCUCUCUUUGGCUCGACACCUGUAGUUCUUCCGCACCAACAGCCAGCUUUGAUGUAAACAAGGAGAUCCUUAGCAAUGUCAUGAUAUCCGAAGGGAUCGACCAUGAGAACCUCGAAGCUUUGUGGGACAUGCGAGUCAAGAGCAUGAGCAGACCUGGCAGCAACAAGACUCCUGGAAACCAGAGGACAAGGAAUUUCUCUGGAGCAAUUUCAACAACAGGCCCUAACAGUGAAACGUCAAGUUUUAUCGAAGAAAGUGCCCAAGGCACUGAAGAAGGUUAUGAUGGUGACUCCAGUGAAGAUAAUAAUUCGCAAUCAGAUGAUUAUCUUUCUGGUUGGGGCAACGAGGAGUUUAGUGGGGUGGCCCUACCUAACUUUUGGCUUGUCAUGGAAGUUACCAGUGAUCACGUCAUUACUUAUUUCCAUUGCAGAAAUCAAGGCAAAGAGAUUUCAAAAUUCCGAGAGGUGCGCAAUAAAGUGAUUGCGAGUAUCCUUGAGACUUGCAAGCUAGUCAACCAAAUUGCUCUUCUUCAAAAUCUACAUGACACUAAAAAUUGUGACGAUCUCCUCGAAGCUGAUUUGACGAAAGAUAACUGGGAGUCGUCAAAGAGCAGGAGUAGCUCUUUCAAAGAUGAUCAGGAGCAAUCACAAUCUAUUUUCAAGCCAGGCGCCUUUUCCUGCAACGUAGUGUGGGAGACGCAGUUUGUUUUGCACCCUAGGCUCAAAACGGGGGGCCCUGCUAAAAGAGGAAUACAGGCCUUGGAGUCUGUCCUCAGCAGAUUCCCUGUCAUCAAUAGGAAAAACAUGUUUGUGUAUCAAGACAAUUUGCAGAAUGUGUUCUAUUUGAGAUUACAAGAGCCUGCUUUAUCAUUAGUUGGAAGUAAAAUGACACCAAGUUCGAGCUCAAAUCAGGGAAUUUUCCUGACUGAUGGUGAGAUGACUCCACCUGGAACUAGCUUUGCUCGAAGUCCAUCUAUAUCCUCUCUGAAGCGAGAUGACAGUUCUAGAAUUGAAGUUCGACCUAGAGUGAAGUCGUAUGGCGAAAGAGACAUGCCUCUCGAUGGUUUUUCUCCCACUCCUUCUUCAAAAAAUGAGGAGGCUGUGGUCCUGAAAGUUCAUGGAAUUGCAGAAGCUGGCUCUGCCAUCAAAGAGGACUUGGUGCAAGUACUGCACAAUCGGCUUAACGAUGCCGUCCUUGAGCUUCUCUGUGCAAUGCUGUUCAGAAAUCCAAUGUGCAAACUUACCCCUGAUGAUGUCCAUUUCAUACAGAAGCCUUACAAGCAGGCAGACAUGUCGAUAGACUUCUCAAUCCAACCUUUUGCCAUGGAGAAUCACCAAGCACUAGUUUACUACCUGAAGCAAAAUUUACUGGAGUUUUUGUACACUCCCAAAUACACUGACUCAAAGGCGGAAAAUCACUUUCAGGAUUACACACAUGACUUCUUCUCCAAGGACAGAGUGCCAGAAGAUGAUAUUUUCCUGUACAACCAAAAUCGAACAUCCGGAAACAAAGGCAUUGCCUGCAUAGCUGUGGCUAUUGUUGAUAGCAACGGAUGUCUCCUCAAGCCUGAUAAAUUUACAAAGCCCAACUGUCAAGCCCAUGUUGAUUCGAUCAUUAACAUGGAUUUCAUCAACAUCACUAGCACACAGAUGUGUAAUGCUGGAGACAAAACUGCUCGAGUGGAAUUUAGGAUUUGGAAGCAGGGAAAGGUCAACUCUGAUCUGCUUACAAAGAAUCUCCAGAUGGCAUUGCAGCAUACGUUUUGGGAUUUGCAGAUGGAGUACCGACUUCUCACUCCAUCUUUGUCUCAAGAUGACGGAGAUAUGUCUUUGUCACAACUGGAUGCUAUGACGUCUUCAAGUGAUAUGCCUAUAAUGCUUACUUCAUUCCUAGCUGGCUCUCCAGUCUCCGCAAAAAGUUUAUUCCCCCCGGAGAGCAUCGAUCAGUUCGAGUCUGGUGAAAAGGGUCGAUUACAUCAAGUCUUCCACUGGGUUAUGACUGAAUGGCUAAGCUUUGCUGUUGAAAUUGGAGUCCCGUCGGUGAAGAAGCACACAGUUCACUUCAAAUCACGCCAAGACAUUGCAUUGACCUUGAAGGAGUUCCAGAAAAUAAUCAUGGCAAAUGCACCAGACAGUUCUGUGGCCAUUUUUCAACUGUCUCGAGAUGAAAAUCAUGAUAUUUUCAUCCCUUACCAACCAGUGUCUGCAUUUUCUGCAGGCAGCCGCUGGGAUAAAGCAGACACCUCAACGUCGUGCUUACUUUUUGGUCGAAACCUCCAACAGUGGAAGGCUUGCGUUUCUGAUAAUGGAUCUGCUGACCCGGAUAUUUUAAGUCCUAAGGCACAAAAGGUGCUUCAGAAAUUUGCGCCCCUCUUUGUUCCAUGUCCUGAAGGGCUCCAGUUUGUUCCUCGCCAAAGACUCUUACUUGCAAACUUAUCAAACAAAGAGAUUGUGAUUUUUACCUACAACUGGUCCAAAGAUAGGGCUGAGAAUAUGCAUCGACAGAUUACCAAUCUGGGCAACUGGCUGGCUGCCAAAUCGAGUUUGACCACUACAAUUGUGUGUCAAAAGAUGGGUCUUUUUCACAACAUGAUGUUCAACAGGCAAGCUCAAGAAGCCAAAAAGGGAUCCGCUGAUACGACAAAACUGACUUUCAAGGAUGUGGAGCAACUUAUAAAACCUCCAGCAGUUACCCAAAAAGACUUCAGUAUGGGUGGCGGCCGACGGCCAAGCUUGCUGCCCAAUGCCAUGAUUCACGACGUCUUCAGAGACAACAAGCCAUCCCGCUUACUCCGACAGAAUUCAGAUCCUGUUACUGCCAACGGACAGCAUCUUCUGGAGCUGUUCAGCAUGGAAAAGAAAGACUCUCAAAAAAAGCUGUACCAAUUGUGGGAGACGAGAGUUACUACUCCAAACAUUCCAGUAUCGGAAGAUUUGCUUCAGCUUCUCAAGCAACAUUCCAGAGUCAUCCACUUUUGCCUGACACCACUUUUGUACCUUCCAAGUUGGCGACUACAAGCGGCUGCUACUCGAGACCACACUUUGGCCUCCAAUGUUCCUCUGAAAAGUCAGCAAGAGAUGGCCAAAUCUUAUGCACUUGCUCCCCCUUCAAGACAUGAAUCGGGAAACUCGCUCAAAAGCAAUGAUGCUGGGAAAAGCACAAAAUCUAAUAGUUCUCCACAGAUGUCUCCCAAAUUCAAACAGAUUUCCGAAGAGAAAUGGCAUUCGAAGUUGUGCCAGAGCUUGAUUGAUGAAUACAAGCAUUAUCUGACUACCCUUGGCUUUGUUCCUAUCCAAACUGAAGCUCCUUCGCCAAAAAAGAGUAUGAAAAAUAUCAGCAAAGACGAACGUCAGCGUAAACUGAGUGGUUCGAGCAUAAUGUCCACUUCCUCCUUCAAGCGGGUCCGAGAGGAUAACACCACAAGACACUUCUUGCAAAAAUCGCUGCUUGGUGGUAUUUUAAUAUUUGAGAUUUCUCUGAACGAGCCGUUCAUCCAAGCCAAACUCUACGCUCUGGAGUGCUCUCGUCUCCAGGCAAAGUCCAGUGGCCUAAUUUCUCACAAUCAGUUCACCUUCAGCUUCUUGGACGAGAGUGAUAAAAUAAAAAUCCUGAUGCACCUGCACUCUUUCACAUAUGACUAUCAUCUACGCUGCAUUCAUAACUACAUCACCAACCAGCACUCGAUGCUUAAGCAGAAUUUCCACCUCCGAAAUUUCCUGGACGACUUCAUCAAAUACUAUUCUAAAGGGCCUAACUAUGCGCGGAAUCUUGUUUAUGGAGACGCUGUGAGAGUCACAGAGACUACUAUGCCAGCAUUGCAGCUAUUCAACUUUCUAUGGACGCACGAGGAUUUGUAUAAGAUGGAAGUGUUUUGCAUGAGUCCAGAAAAUGAGUUCACAACUGACAACGAGUAUGUUUUGAUCCAGUUGAAAAGUACACACCCAGUCAUGUACAAGGAUAACCACGAUGUCAAGCAGACGGACGAUUUUGACGUCACUCUUAUAAUAUCCCAUGCCCAAAUGGAUGAUGAGCCUCAGAAUCCAUUCGCUCUCAAUUUGAAGUACUACAUCCUCCUGACGAGUAGAAGGGAGCACUUUCCUAAGCACAUCGUCGAGAGAAAGUUAGGCAAGUUCUGCACAGUGCCCUUGGCAACGCCACCUCAGUUUUCUCUACUCGGCUCAACAAGCAACCCUAGCUUUGAAGAACAAGAAUUGGAAGAAGAAGAUGAGCCAGAUUUUGAGGGAAGUUCUGAGCUGGAUGAGAGCAAGAUUUUGAUGGCAAGCUCGCAGCAGCAAUCUGCCGAAAUGCAACUGCUCUUCCCUCACUUAGAAAUCAAGCAAGAAAAUGUAAAUUACAUGGGCUAUUAUUCAUCCCAUGAGCAGUUGAUGCAGCAACUGAUGAUGCAACAGGCCAAUGAGGCAAAAGAGCAGGUCCUUGGCAUUGUGCACCAAGGACUCACAUGCUUUGGGAGGCGCUGCUCAACAACUCUCCCCCAGAAGAGAAAUCCAAGAAAAAAGACCUAACCUUUGGUGAAUUUCACGAGUUGCUUCGACUUGCAUCAGUUGAAUCUCUGAGCAGUUUGGAUCCCAGAUUGGGUCCUCUGUUGUGCCAACCGCUGUCAUGGUACCAGAGCCUCGAGAAGGUGCUAAUUACAAAAUAUG